AAGAAGCAACAACUACAAUGGAUUUAAAAAUCUUUUAUGCAGUAAUUAUAAUUCUAAUGAUUUUGAAAAUCAAACCAAUGAAAUCCUAUGGGCAGAAAUUUACCACGAAUCAAAAUAAUGUUUAUUAUAUUGAUUCAGAGCAGAAGUACUCUUGGUUUGAAGCCUUAAUUGCUUGCAUUGAAAUGGACAUGACGUUGGUGACAAUUGACUCUAGUACGAAAUCAAAUGAAAUUAAUACUCUGGUCAGAAAUAAUUUUGGAAAUGUUCGUCUUUGGAUUGGUGGCAUCAUGUCAAGAUAUCCUAAUCGACACUUUAUUUGGCUAGCUACCGGUAAACCUUUCUCAUAUACCAAUUGGCAGGGUAAUAAUCCGGACUUUUAUGGCAAUAAUGAGUAUUGUGCUCACAUUGGGUGGGGCAAUAAUUUGCAAUGGAAUGAUAUUGCCUGCACUAAUCAUCAGGGUUUUAUAUGUGAAUACAAUCAAGAAGAACAUCAAAAUAAGGAAAUACAAAAGGAAUUGCAAAAUGCUAAGAUAAAACUACAACAGCAAUUAGUGCAGAAAGUGCAAAACCUACAAGAAUUGCAGACACAAGUGCAGGAAAAACAAAUGCAACAAGAAAAAUUGCAACAAGAAUUGACCAGUGUUCAAGAAGUAUCGAAACAGGAAAAUCAUAGAAAUCUGGAAAUACAGCAAAACCUAAAACAAAAAAUUGUAGAAUGUGAAGAGAAAUUAAAACAAAGUGCUAUAAAAUAUGAAAAACUUGAAGAAAACUUAAAUGAUACAACAGCAGAGUAUCAAGAAUUACAGCAAGAGUUACAAAUACAACAAAACUUGAAGGAUUUACUACAAGAGGAGUUGCAGAAACUCAACGAAAAAGAUCAAGAAGUGUUUUCUAAUGAUAAGGAUAAUAAAUAUCGUGAUAUUAUUUUGAAUUUUCAUCAAUUUUUUAAGCAACAUCAGAGAAAACAACAAAUUAAAAUGAUUUCAAGCAACGUGUAUAAGUUAAUUAUAUUUUUAAUAAUUUUAAAAAUAAAUCAUAUCUCGGCCAAAGGACAAAUCUAUACCUCAGAUGCAAAAAAUGAAUAUUAUAUAGAUUUUGAAGAAAAGUUUAAUUGGUUUGAAAGUCAGAUAGACUGCUUUAAAAUGAACAUGACCUUACUGGAGGUUGAUACGAGUGCCAAAUCUCUGGAAUUACAUAACUUAAUCAGAAAAGUUCGCAAAGAAAAUAAUCUGAAAAAUACAACACUUUGGAUUGGGGGCUUUAGGUCUCAGUAUCCCAGGGAACAUUUUAUAUGGAUAUCAACGGGCAAACAAUUUACUUAUACCAACUGGUAUGGCAAAAAUCCAAAUUUUCUCAACAAGGAAGAAUUUUGUGUUAAAAUCUUAAUGGCUCAAGAUUUACAGUGGAAUGAUAUAUCUUGCAUCAAUUAUUCUGGUUAUGUGUGUGAACACAGCAAGCAACAAGAGUUGCGAGCAAAACUGCAGGAACAAUUGGAAGAAAGAGAAAAAUUGCAACAGGAAUUGAAUAAUUUCAAAAAGACCUUAGAGUUGGAAACCCAAAACUAUUUACAAGUGCAGCAACAACUGCAACUAGAAGUGGAGAAGAAGAAGACACAAAUUGAACAGGAAAUGGGAAAAAAUGAAAAGUUUGAGGAAGAUUUAAAAUUGGAAUUAAAAAAGCACAAUCAUUUAAGGCAAGAAUUAAAAAAGCAGGAAGACAAUCAACAUGAACUGCAACAACAGUUGCAACAAUUUGAGGAACAAGAACUAAAAGAACAAGAAGUACUGGAGGAAAAUUUACAAACGGAAGUAAAAAAGAAACAGAGCGUUCUAGAAGAACUACAAAAACAACAAGAAUUGCAAUUACAGCUACAAGAGGAAUUGGAAACACUUAAAGAGCAAAAACUAAAAGCCCAGGAGAAAUUCAAGGAGAAUUUAGAAACCGAAAUAAAAAAGAAAGAAGAUUUACAUCAAACCCUACAACAGCAACAGAAAUUACAACAUCAAAUACAAGAACAAUUACAACAAGUGGAGGAACAGCAAUUGAAAAGUGAGCAAAAAUUGAAAAAGGAAAUUCAAAAGAGGCAACAACUAGAAGCCAAACAAGAACUAAAUUACGAGGCGAUUACCCGUCAGGAUAUACUAAAACAAUUGAACUUGGAAGCCGAACUACAAGAAAAACAAGAACUACAACAUCAGCUACAACUACAAUUACAACAACUCAAAGAAGACAAAUCAAAACUUGAAAAUGAUUUGAAAAUGGAUUUGCAAAAGCAGGAAGAACUAAAACAGGAAUUACAAAAUCAACAAAAUUUGGUAGAUCAACUACAUGAACAAAUAAAACAGCUAAAAGAGCAAGAAAAAGAAACCAAGGAACGUCUGGAGAAGAAACUGCAAGUGGAAAUCAAAAAACAAGAAAAUCUACAGCAAGAACUGGAAAAGCAACAAAACUUACAGGAACAUUUGCAACAGCAAUUGAAGCAAACUACUGAAAAAGAAACGAAUAAACAUGAAAACCUUUUCGAAACUUUACAAUUACAAAAUCAAAUCAAGGACAAAUUGCUGGCACCCAAAGACAAUAAAUUGAAAAAAUACACAAAACUGGAGAAGAAUUCUAAACAUCCACUGCUUAAAGGAGAUCUUAAGUAUUUGUUAAGAGGAUUUAAGGAAACCAGAGAAUUACAAGAAGAUGAUAUUUCCUAUAGCGGUCAUUAUAAUAUUAUAAUCAACAAUCCUUAUAUUAGAUAUUGGAAUAACUUUUAAAGAAAUUUUAUACUUUUAAUAAUUACACCGAU